AUAUAUUGUAAAAAAUGGACAGCAUAAAGAAAAAAUUUAAAUUAUGGUUAGAAUUGAUAGAAUCAGAAGAAUUGGAAAGUGCAAUGAAAGAUCUUCAGAUGAAUAUUCGUGUUCAGCCAGAUAAUAAAUUGAACAAGUAUAUUUUCAAAUUGUUAUUGUGCUUAUCUUGUACUGCGCAUAAAUGCAAAGCACAAAACCACAUGACUGGAAAAAGAAUUGCUGAAUUGGCUAAACUGCUUUGCUCAUUAUUGAUUGAGAUACCUGAUGAUAAAGCUUAUAUUAGUAGUUUGUACCAUAUCAUUCGCUGUUUAAUCUGCUUAAAUUUAUAUGAGGAUGCAGCAGAUAUUUGCUGUUAUUUACAACCUGGAGAUUUGUACAGUCCUAAAGAUGAGACUAUGAAACUUCUAGUAAAAAUAGUAUACUUAUGGCGCAUUCCAAUAAACAAUAUUUAUUCCCUUGCCAGUGAAGCAUUAAGCACAGCAAAUUACAAUAAUUUAAAGAAUAUCAUAAGACAUGAAAUACAGAUAAUACAAAUUGCAUAUAAAAAUUAUACACAGCACUUAAUUGUAAGAAUAAGUACACAUAUAGAUAAGAUAGCAACAAUUGACAAAGGAAAUAACAUAUAUUUUGAUGAUUUUUGUAAAUAUAUAUUAGAAUAUUUAAUAAAAGUACAGCUGUGUUUAGACAAAGAUGAAAAAUCUAUAAUAUAUUGUCAUAUAGUUCGUAUAAUAUCUCGUAUAAUAUGUAAAAAUAUCAGUACAUCUCGUAUAAAAUAUGCGGUGGAAACAUUGAAUAAGUUGUGUAGUUAUUUUAAAAAUGUUCUAAUAGAAGAUGAGGAAUGUUACCAAUGCUUCCAACAGUUUCAAAGUUUGUGCAUAGUACUUUUAACUCCAGUGGAGAAUUUUGCGAAUGAUAGUGCCAAAAAUAUACAAGAUUUUCUCAUUUGUGACAAAAAACUAGCACAAAAAUAUGGAUAUAAAGAAAGCCUUAUUAAGUGGAAUGCGUUUAAUAUUGCAGAAAUUGUUGAACCCAUGUUUACAUAUUGGGAGACAUACAUACAAAUUGAUAAAAAUAAAUUUCUUGAUACUGGGAUCAUGUUAGAGACAAUAAAUUUAAUUAUACAUCUAAGUACAUUUUUUAUAAAAGAUGUAUCAAAUAAAUGUAAAUCUUGUUUGGAUGAAAAUUGUACAGUCAAGAGAGAUAUAUACAAUAAUGUAAUACUAAAAUACAGAUGCAUCUAUUUAAUAAAUAAAUUUCCUGCAAAAACUUUGCCGAAAACACUGUGUGUCUAUGUUGGAAAAAUCUUGGAGCAAAAUGUAGCAUUGAUUUCUGAAAUGAGAGAAUGUAAAUGCAAACGUUGGACACAAUUAUGGACAACAUGUGGCGCUUUAAUUUAUAACAUGGGCAUAAUAUUUGAGCACGUUUACGAGGAAAGCGUACAUAUGUACACUUUGUUGUGUACCUACAUCUUCCGAUUUCAAGGAAUUGAGUCAGAGUCUAACUAUCUGAGCUUCGAAAAUCCUGCCUUUAUUACGUUACAUAGAUUAUGCGCUGUACAUUAUACUAACGAAAUGUACAGAGAAGCUAUGACUGCUUCUGCAUUGAAUAUCUUGUUAACUUACGACACACAAUUUAGAAAAGCUUCCGACAUGUGGGUAAAUAUUAAAAAGAAAUGUGCCUCAGAAGAGAUUGCAAAGUUAACUGUACUAGAAUGUUUGAGAAACGAUGAGACCAAGAUCAGUGAAAUGGGAUUCACAAUUGAUUUCUCCAAAUAUGAUCUUAUUCAAUUAUGUUUACACGAAGCAAGAACUCUGGUGAAAGAGAAUAUCGCGUUUGCAAAUGGUGCGUCAGCAGUUCUGCAGGAAUUGGAGAAAUUAAAACCAAGCAAUCGUCAAUACACACAGGCGAUACAGCUAUUAGGACAUUACCUGUUAGGUUCUGAGUAUGAUAGCUCAGUUCUGAAAUAUCACAAGAAAGCUAUAUCGCAUUUAAGCUCGAAUUCUGUAGCUAGUUUGUGCCUGAAAGUUAAUUUAGCAUUUUUUACGUUCAUUGAAGAGUUGCAUAUAAUGAAUAAGCAAACUCUCGUGGAAAUGGAAAACACAAGAUUUGCUCUGUUUGCUUCUAAGUUACCAGAAGUCUAUGAAACUAAAUCUCCAACUGUAGUGCCAGCUUACACUAUGUUAAAUAUUAAGAAAGAUUCCAGUCUCAUGGCAAGUUUGCAGGAAUGUUUGGAAAAAUGGAAUCAGCUGAUACAGCACAACAUACUUAGUGAAGUCAUAGAGAAUUGGGAGCCGGGUCUUGUACUUCGCAUAUUAAUCACAUUUGGUGAAUAUUGUCGCAUCUAUCGUCAUGAAAAAUGUGAAGCGGAGGCAUGGGUGUUGGCACAUAGGCUGGCGUCAAAAAUCGGCGAUUGCUGCACAAUUAUUUACAUUACAGGUCGUAGUAUUUCAUUAAGGCAAAUCAAUUAUGAUUGGAUUGCCACUGCUAAGGAGUAUGCUACUAAAUACAAAGAUUCCAAAGACGAAAAUAUAAUCAGCGCCAUUGCUAUCUUUUGGAUAAGUCUAGCGGAUUUUUAUUUCCAUUGUGGGAAGUGCGACGAGGCAAAGAAAUUGCUCAACGACGCUAGAAAUCUCCCGGGAAUUUCAUUCUUCACUAAUACAUCUAUAUAUCUGUUCAGUUUAGAUGUCAUUAUAUGCAACUGUAAUUUAUAUGAAGAUAAUAUAAAUCACGAGGAUUACAGUUCGUACAUCGUGGAAAGUCUGUACGCAAUGAUCAAUUUGUCUCAAAAUCUAUCGACAGAAACGUGGAAGCGUCAAGCAAUAUAUCUCUUCAGUUACGACGUGCUCUUCACCGCAACGGUCAAUCUGUCAUUGCGAGUGAAUCACAUGUUAUCAUUUCGCGAAAUUAGCGCACAUCUGGUGCAACGUGUGAAGUCAGCACAGAGCUUGGGCGCCGUGAUGCGCACCGCUGAGUUACUGAAGUCAUUGUGUUACAUCGAUCUGUCACGCACGAAGUUGGACGAUUGCGAGGUGAAGUUGCAAGGCCUCGAGCACAUGCUGGAUAUCGAGACGUUUCAAUUGUCAAUGAACGCCAAACCGAACUCCGAAGCAUCCGCUUAUCUCGCGGUAUCGCCUGCAAGGAUCGUGGAUCCUGUAAGAGACGUACCUCAGCGUGAUGCAUCGCCAGUGCUCGGCAAGAAGGUCUUCGACAUGCCGAAAUUCACGCUGCAUGAGAAGUGCGAUUGCUACAAAUGCAAGAACGUGUCGUAUCGAUACUUGGUGUUUAUCGCUACUUACAUUAGAGCGCAGUUGUACGCUUUGCAGUGUCACAACAAAUUGGCGUUCGAUCACUUCUAUGGCGCCUUGAAAAUAAGGCAGAAGUUGUUCGCAGAAGAGCAGACUGUCUUGCCAGAAAGCCAAUCUUGCGACGAGACUGGGGCGAGACGAUUUUCCUGGCAAGCACGAUCGUACAUCACCGAUUACGUACAGUUGCUGAUUGACUUCUCUUAUUUUCUGGAAACCAAUGUGGCGUCAAAACAGCAGGAUGCGUCCGACAUUGCCAAUUUGGCGAUAAGUAUAUGCCGCAAGUACAAAUUGGAAAGACAUCCCGUCUACAUCUCGGCUGAGGAAAUAAUGCUGAAUAACGCUUUUCAAACCAUGUUGAAGUCUCCAAAUUAUUUGGACUUUAUGGUCCCUCAGAUGCGUGAUAUCGACAUAAGCAAGUACAUGAGAGCUUCAUCCGAUUCGAGUACAUGUGUUACACCGGCUAUCCACGAUCGUUACGUUAAAAAACCAGCUUCAAUCCGACGUAAAAAGAAUCCAGUAAUUUUGAACUUGGAUAAAAUUAAUAUGUUCUUGAGCGACGACGAAGACGUCGAUACAUCAUCAUCACCAGUUGCAUAUUCGACUAGGGAAUCGAAAUUGACUAGAGAGAAAACAGUAAAAAGAAAGUUGUUAAAGGACGAUUUAUCGGAUGACGCUAGUUCCAAGAGUGAAUCUGUGUCGAUAGGAACGAAGUCGACGAAAGAUAGAACUCGAAAAGAUAGUAACACGCGGAUUAAGGGACAAUCGAUGAAGGAUAUUAUGUGUGACGUAGUGUGUUCAAUACCAGAUAUAGGAAAAAAUGUAAUGGAUUUAAUAGAAGAAGAUGCACCUGCUACGAUGGAGAAUGUAAAUAAAUUAAUAGAGCAAAUGGAGAAUUUGAAAGUUAAUUCAAGCACAACGCAAAGAACUAGAAAAGUUAAAAGAACGAAUGAAUCAACGAUCGCGAAUUAUAAUAAAAAUGUAAAUCAAGCUGUGGAAUUGCUGAAGAAUUUAGCAAUGGGCGAAAAGACAAAUGUAAGUACCGACUUGGAAGUGGAAAAAUCGAAUAGAUUACUAGCACAAGAUAAAAAGAUUACUGAAGAAUAUGAUGGAAAGACAUUAACUGUUAAAACGUUGGAACAGAAAAAUGCGGACAAUAUAAGUACACCAUCAACGAGCCAAAGUAAAAUCAAACAAUGUAGCUCUACUAAAUUAAUGGUAAAUAAUGACGUUACCGGCGUAAGGACAAGAUCCAGCUUGAGGAAGUCAGGGAAGAAGCCAUCAUAACGAUAUUAUUGAUGUAAAAAUUAUAUACUCCUCAACAUUCAGUAGAAUAAAA